AUGAAGAGGAUUCCGCUGUCAAAAGAAGUAGCAAUAGAUAGAUAUAACUUUGCCCACGACUGGCUCGAGAAUAUCGACGAAUUCCUGCGGCCCAUAUUCUCUGAUAAGAGUUCCUGCCAGAACAAUACCUCAAAACAAACUCUCAGCUCAGUGCGAAGCGUAGAGAAAAAGAGGGAAAAAAAAGAAGCCAGGGACGGUACCUCCACGUUCGAGGAAGUCAAUGUCAAGGUCGAGACCAGCGUCGACUCCAACACCAAGAUGUCUCUCCAUUUUGCCGUGAUCCACGGGAAAAAACACAUCGUCAUCCUCGGCACCGAUGUAAAGGGCAAGGCUGCUCCUGCGGCAGCAGCAGCCCUGCCCGUCAGGGCUCUCCUUGGCACCCUGAACCACAAUGCUGUCAGAAACAACACCAAGCCCGCGGCUAUCACUGCUCCGGCGGCAAAGGCCACUCCGGCGGCAAAGGCCACUCCGGCGGCAAAGGCCACUCCCGCGGCUGUCGCUACUCCCGCGGUUGUCUCUACUGAUAAACAAAAGAAAACGACCACCUACUAAUAACGCCCCUCCCCUCGUGAGGUACCUGUUGUGACGGACACUCUAUGGCGACAACAGUGCCAGUCACCCCGUUGUGCUUUAUGGUGGUUUAUGGUGGUGCUCACGAGCUAAGAUACCUUGAGUAUUGCUAACUAGCUAGCUGGGAAACGGGCAAAUCGCACAGGCCAAUUUAAUUUUGAGGACUGGGACACAUACACACAUCCAGAAAGAUGGCAGAGACAUCUUUUUUGGGAGAAAGAGUGAGGUUGCUUUCCCGGGGCAGGCCCCCCGGUGAUCUAGAUGCAGGCAUCAGAUCAGGAUACGGAAUUUUGGUUGUGUGGAAAGACAUAGAUAGGUAGUG